AUGAAGUGGAGGCUUUUCCCGGGAUUACGGGUUGUUUGCGGCUUUAAUUCUGAGAAACGGUUGCGCCGCAGGGGAGGGGAAGGGGCACAGUCUCGUGCCCUCCGACCAACCCGCCCCCGCCAUACGGCCGACAUCAACCGCGGGGGGGGGGGGUCACGUGAGGCUGCGAGAGCGAAACGCCCUGAGCAGUACCUGAGACUCCGAGCCCCGCCCCCUUCGGCCCUCCCCUCCCGGCUGAAUCCUGCCCACGCGGCUGUGUCCGGCAGAGUCCCCUGCCUCGCAGUGACCCCUCCGCUGGGGGCACCAGGCAGCAAAUGUGAAAAAUCGGGAGGGGAGCGGCGGCUGCCAGCGCGGCGCGCGCCCACCAGGCUCGCUACUCCAGCGAGUCCCGAGCGCCCGCGGCCGGCGCCCGCACACGCAGCAGCCUCGCGCGCCUCGGCGGAGCUGCUCGAAGCCGCGCGAGCUGUCGGCGGGAGGAGGCCGCGGGCGGAAAGGCGCGAAGCGACCCGAGGAGGGAACGCGCGGGCAUUGUCAACCUGCCAAACAGCUUCCGUCAGUGAACCCUGCGGACAAUCUGAAAACAGCCUGUGCCACCUUGGAGGGCCGGUGGGGGCAGAGCUUUCCUCUUUGCAAGUGACUCAUGAACAAAUAUCUUUUUACAAAACAGGAAAAUGUCAGGCUUAUAUACAGAAACAUGGAGCUACAAUUGAGGCUCCAGAGAGAAUUAGCCCAGCCAUCCUUCAACUAUGUCUCUGUUACACACUUAUAACCAGACUUGCCCCCAGCUGGAAUAAGGCUGGUCAUCUGUUGGUACAAGGAAGCAAUUUUUUGUCUCAUAUGGGAAGGCAAAAUGCUGUUGUUAUGGACCUCAAUGUAUCAGAGACCCAACUUUGCAUCAGUAUAGAGGCUUGCACAAUUCGACUACCGCCACCCCAGCUGGAAGACUUCGACAUUUCAGCAAACCAUCUUAGAAAUAUUGACAACAAUAAAAGACCGACCGUCAGAGACAAAUCAAUUUUAAGUAAACUGGUGCUAUGUCUUGCCAAGCAGGAAGAAGGAGGAGGUUAUUCAAAGUCAAAGAAAUCCAAAACAAGUAAGCCUGCUAUCUAGAAUGUGGAUGUAGAGGAGCAUAGAAAGAAAAAUCAGGCACAAGACAGAACAGAUGUCAUUGUUGCAUUUGUCUCAUCAUGUGAAGAGGAACUUUUCUGCCAGAACCAUAAGAAAGUGUGUUUGUUUGUUUCCUUAUUUGUUUUCCACCUCCAUUUUUUCUUUUUUAAUGAUAAAAAGUCAUCAACAUAGUUUUAAUUUAUCUAUGUCAGUUCUCAAAAGUAACUGGGCCCUUGAACAGAAUCUGACCUAUUCACAAAUCAUAAAAACUAGGGCCUAAGUAAGUCCACAGAACUGGAAGUGAAAUCACAUUUGUGACUGCUGAACAUUAGAAUUCAAAAGCACUUUUCAGAUACUGCAGAACAGUCAUCCCCACACAGUUCUGACUACAAUUGGUAGUGUAAGUUUCUACAGUGAAACAAUUAGACAAGACGGGCUGCAGAGUGGUUACAUUUCCUUUCUGCUAUAUUAUCAGUUAUUGUUAUAUCUGACUUAGUUGCUGGGAGCUGUUACCCCAAAAAUGUUCUUUGUUUCCAUACACUUACAUUACAGUAGAUUGCAUUAGAGGUUAUUUUCAAUUGUUUUUAUAUUUUAAAAAGUGCAUGAUCUCAUUUUGUGUUUUCUAUUAUGUUACUUUAAAUCCAGACCAAUAAAAGUUAUUGUAGAUCCAA